AGCAAUGUGAGGUGGGUGCAUAUGUGACAUCCACAGCUUUAAGUGAUAUUGUUUUAUCAUCCUGCAAUCUAGUAGUAAAUAGUCUCGAAAGAAAGAAAGAAAGAAAAAAAAAAACCACCCAAAAACCAGUUUUAUGAAAAAGAUGAAAAUAUUUUAAUCUUUAUUCUUCCCUUCCUGGAAUGUUUUUUGCAUAACUGCACAUUUUCAAAGAAUCUGUGUGUCAUUGUUCAUCUUGCUCCUUCUGUUGCUUUUCAUGUGCUGAGGGCAAUAGAGGAAGAGGGAUUUAUCCUUCUUUUAUCUUUUCACUUUUGUCUGAUGCUUUCAGAUUUUGAGAUACCACUGUUUCUGCAGGAGGGGGAUAAGAGAAAUUUUGGGAAACAUUGUUUCCCAUAAAUUUGCUCCACCCGAAGUGGUGUGUCCAGCUCUGGGGACCUCAGCACAAGUCUCAGGCCAUGGACCAGUUGGAAUGAGUUCAGAGGAGAGACAUGAAGAUGAUCAGAGGGCUAGAGCACCUCUCCUGUGAGGGAAGGUUGAGAGAGCUGUGGUUGCUCAGCCUGGAGAAGGCUUUGGAGUGACCUUAUUGUGGCCUUCUAGUACUCAAAGGGGCUAAAAGAGAGCUGGAGAGGGAUUUUUUGACAAGGGCACACAGUGGGAGGACAAAGGGGAAUGACUUUGAGGUGAAAGAAGGCAGGUUUAGUUUAGGUAUUAGGAACAAUUCUUUGCUGUGAGGGUAGUAAGGCACAGGAACAGAUUGCCCAGAGCAACUGGGAAUUCCCUAUCUCUGGAAUAGUUCAAGGCCAGGUUGGAUGGGACUUUGAGCACCUGGUCUAGUGGAAGGUGUCCCUGCCCAUGCCAGGGGGGUUGGAAUGAUCUUUAAGGUUUCUUUCAACUCAAACCAUUCUGUGAUCCAUAAGGAAUAAAAGCAAACAAACCCAACCCACAAAGAAAACUCCAUAAAUACUUCCAAUAUCAACACCACCCUGUGUUGUUCUGCAUUGUUCAGUGACUUACUUCCUUGUGCAUGAAGCACCAUAUAUGUGAGAUUCAUGAUAUUAAAAGCCAUUUAGUUUUCAAUCCAAUAACACUAGGACAGAUGGUGAAUGACAACCAGGAACUCAUUUCUGUUUGUGAAGCUGGGAGUAUUUGUACAGAGAUCCUUUACCACAUUUUUGCAGUAGCACAAAGAACAUGGUAAAGGAUUCCAUCACAUAGCAUUCCAUCAUAUAUCAUCUUUUGAUUUUCCUCAAAGCCACAAAAAGCCCCACUGCUGGCUUUGGUGCUCUGCAGGAGUACUUGCAUGGCUUAGGAGUUCACUGUUGGCUGAAAUGUAAAAUUGAGAAAUGUUAACCACUCUCUACCAUAGCUGAGAUACACUCAGACUCGGGCUUUGUGAUGCCUUUGUGGCUCAUACAUUUGGUCAAAGGUGCUUUCUGCAGGUCCUGGGAAAGAUGGGAAUGUUUAGUUCAUGAUUAAUUAUGUCAUUACACAUUAUUUGAUUUUUUUUUCCAGAAACACAAAUAAUAAUUCAAUGAGUAAAACAUAUUAGCAAGCUAAGAAGAAUGAAUGUUGUUCAAUGGCUGUGUAAAUCCAUCCUAUUCUAGGCUGUUUUAGUCCCUCUUUCAAGCAUUCCUCACACUGGUGUGCUCAUUCUUUCUCCAUUCUCUUUACCAGACAGUGGACACAAUGGUUCAGGAGUGGAAUGGGGUAUUCCCCUUUCCAGCAGCACUGAACUGUAGGCUGAGGUCACUGCAACACACAAAACACGUCCUAAAUGUGAUUUGCCUGUUCAGAAAAUGGACUUCUCAUCCAGCUGUUGCUAUAAAGUGAGGGCCUGUUUCUCUUCAAAACCCCAAAAUUUCAAUUUACAAAUUUCAAUUGCUCUGCUUCCAGCCUCUGCAGAGCACCAAAACAAUGGACCACAUGGAAAAAACCCCAAAGCCUCAAGUAUUUUUAUGCUGGCUUAAUUUUGUGAUCUGGCACACCAUGGGCUCCGCCAAGCACCAGUGAAAGAGAUACAGCAUGAGGAUUCGGCUGGACCGGGUGUACAGGCUGCUUAUUUUGCAGGGAUGAACUAUCUCCCUUCCCAGCUCCCCAUCUUCUCCAGUUACUUCCUACCUGACAGAGCAGGGGUGCCUCAAGUGAAUGAAUGAAGAUCCAAUUGCUUUCUCCAGCAGCAGAACAGCCUUCUGACAUGCUAGCCAAUGAACCUGUCUGAAAACAUAUUACAGACUGAGCCUGCCGUGAGAAAAAAAGAAACAAAAAUAUUGCCACUGCAGCUCUGCCAGAGCCUUCUGGCUCUGCUUUAGCAGCUCUGCCUCCCUGCAGCUGCUCAAAUGGCUAUGUAGGUGAGGAAGAGAAUUUAAUAAAACCCCACUUAAAUGCCCCCUCUGCCAAGUGGACAUGUCCCAAAAAACCCUUUGGAAAAUCAACAUUGUUUAUUAUAUUUGCUUCACAGGUAAAGAAAAAUUUGCAACAGGCAGAAAAUUUCUACUGCCUGCAUGUCACAAAGUACCUUGAUAAAUUUUUAUUACUGUGAUUAAUCUGCUUCUGGAGGAGAAGGACAAACAAGAACCAAAAUUCUAAGGUUUUAUCAAAGGCUUAUGCUUCAAUAGACUUUUGACCCAAAGCAAUAACACAACUGGUUGUAGAAAGAUCAAAAUUUAAAUAAAAUAGUUAAUUAUUUUUGUUCACUUAUUGACCAUUUCUCAGUUCUGUUGACUGAAGUGUUUCACAAGACUUCUGUGCACAUAUAAAUGCAGGGAGGUGAGAUGCCCUCCCCAAACAGCAGCCCUGCCCUGGAGGAACUGCGCUCAGUUCUCCCCAGCCCUGCAGCUGACAUCAAGGCUGCCAUCCAACAGCAGAAAAUCCAAACCCCAGAAGCCCUGCUGAGAUGGGCAAAAUCAUCGUUUAUGAGCAUGCCAACUUCCAGGGUAUGUCCAAAGAAUUCCACACCAACAUUGCCAACCUAAAAGAUGCAGAUUGGAAUGAUUGUAUCUCCUCAGUGAGAGUAAUCGGCCAUCCUUGGGUGGCUUAUCAGCAUGCAGACUAUAAAGGACAGUUACUGGUACUUGAGGAGGGAGAUCAUGACUUUGUUGGUAAAAAGAUGAAUGACAGGAUCAGCUCUCUGCAGGUGAUCACUGAAGAUCUGCACAAUCCCCAGAUCACUCUCUAUGAACAUGUUGAUUAUCAAGGGAAGAGCAGAAUAAUAAGAGAAGCAACCAACCUGGCCAGGGGACAUGACAAUGACACCACAUCUUCCCACAAAGUCCAAAGAGGUGUCUGGCUGCUGUGUGAGCACAGCGAUGGAAGUGGGUUUCAAUACAUUGCACGAGAGCACGAGCACCUUCCAAGUUACAAGGCAAUCAAGUUCAAUGACAAGCUUUCCUUCCUGCGUCCCCUUCGUCCUGGCUGUGGCUGUUAGAAUGCAAAUCCUGUAGUGCUGAGAAAAGAUGCAGCCCCGGCAAGAAAAUGAAGACCUUGUUCUCUGCCUCUGCUUGCAUCACUUUUCCCCAGUGUCACAGGACCAUUGGAUGUGAGAGCUCUCCUGCCCCACAAGUGGCCUCUGCCAUUGUCUGUAAUCCAUUUUAUGUUGGUGCCAAUAAAGAAUUUUUUGCAA